GUGGGCACUUUCGCGAUAACUCAGGAAGAUUCUGCAAAGAGCUACAGAAACGAGCAAGAGUUUUUACUCUCUGAUGUGAAUUACUACAACAAACAGAGCACCAUGUUGCCAACCACCUCACCACAGAGCAAUGGAUCCCUUAGUUCAAGGGAUGCAGCACGCCACACGGCAGGAGCUAAACGGUACAAGUACCUACGGCGGCUGCUACAUUUCAGACAGAUGGACUUUGAAUUUGCCUUGUGGCAGAUGCUUUUCUUGUUUACAUCACCGCAGAGGGUCUACCGUAAUUUCCACUACAGGAAACAGACCAAGGAUCAGUGGGCAAGGGACGAUCCUGCAUUUUUAGUCCUGCUCAGCAUUUGGCUGUGUGUGUCAACAAUAGGCUUUGGCCUUGUGCUGGAGAUGGGAGUGUUGGAGACUCUGAAACUGCUCCUGUGGGUGGUGUUUGUUGACUGCAUAGGAGUCGGUCUGCUUAUAUCAACUCUAAUGUGGUUGAUUAGCAACAAAUAUCUGCUGAAACAUCCCAGCGGAAACUUCGAUGUGGAGUGGGGCUAUGCGUUUGAUGUUCAUCUUAAUGCUUUCUAUCCACUUCUAGUCAUCCUGCACUUCCUGCAGCUUUUCUUUAUUAACCACCUUGUGGUGAUAAAUUCACAAUGGUUCCUGGGAUGCUUUGUUGGGAACACUUUGUGGCUGAUUGCCAUUGGUUAUUAUCUUUACAUAACCUUCUUAGGCUACAAUGCUCUCCCCUUCCUGUCGAACACCGUGGUGCUGCUCUACCCAUUUGCUCUGCUCGGCCUCAUUUACAUCCUCUCUGUCUCACUGGGAUGGAACUUCACCAGAGGUCUCUGCUUGUUUUACAAAUACAGAGUCCAGUAAAACAAGGUUGACGUUCAGGUUGACUCUAGCUGGCUGCAGGCCAGACUCAAAACCUGCCCUCAACUUGUAUCUGUGUGGCAAUGAAUCCAUUUCCAGCUGCUUUUGGUCGAUAUCUGGAUGACAGGGACUUCUGGUUGACUGUCAGUGAACUGGGACUCUGGGUUGAUUGAUGCUGAGCAGGUAGACAGUUGCUCAACUUUCCCUUUAUUUUCUGUUUGGCUCUCAUGUUGAGCUGGAGCUCCACAGUCAGUAUGAGUAUGCAGAAACAAGGAGACAGAGGAGACGCCGCUUUUUAUUGUUUGAGUUGUAAAUAGUACUCUCGCAGGUUGUAUAAUACACACAGAAGAUUGUUCCUGAGGUGGAAGAGUUUGCUUUCUUUAAGUUUUCUUUAAAAAAAAAAAGACUGAGAAAAUAAUCAAAUCCUGUUUAUCGAAGAGAAAAAGUGAAGAAACAUGGGAUGCUGACUUUUCUUUCCCUUCUUUUUUUUCUUAACGUGUACAUUCCAAAGCACUUUCAAUAAAGGGUUUUAUUAACA